AUGGCUAACCUUAGAACUCAAAAGAGACUUGCUGCCAGUGUUGUUGGUGUCGGUAAGAGAAAGAUUUGGUUGGAUCCUAAUGAAACCACUGAAAUCGCUUCCGCCAACUCCCGUCAAGCUAUCAGAAAAUUAUACAGAAAUGGUACCAUUGUCAAGAAGCCAGACACUGUCCACUCCAGAUCUAGAGCUAGAGCUUUGUUAGAAUCUAAGAGAGCCGGUAGACACAUGGGUUACGGUAAGAGAAAGGGUACCAAGGAUGCUCGUAUGCCUUCCCAAGUCUUGUGGAUGAGAAGAUUAAGAGUCCUCAGAAGAUUAUUAGCUAAAUACAGAGAUGCUGGUAAGAUUGACAAGCACUUGUACCACAACUUAUACAAGUCUGCUAAGGGUAACACUUUCAAGCACAAGAGAUCUUUAGUCGAACACAUCAUCCAAGCUAAGGCUGAAGCUUUACGUGAAAAGGCAUUGAAGGAAGAAGCCGAAGCUAGAAGAUCCAAGACCAGAGCUGCCCGUGAAAGAAGACAACAAAGAAUCGCUGAAAAGAGAGAAGCCCUUUUUGCCGAAGGUAACUAA